CUGAGCUAGACUACUGUGUACCCUAGUAGUGCACCAGACGUUAACGGUAUGCAGACAUGUCGAAUGAUAAACUUUCCCACUGGAAGGAUCUCUUAAGAAAAAGGCUAGCCAAUUCAAAGAAAGAUGAAAAGACUGAGGAGGAGAAAAAGGCAGAAGAGACAGAGCUGUUUACUAAAUACUACACCGAUUGGAAAGGAGGGGGGGAACGAAGCAGUUCUUAUAAGACUAUACCGCGCUUCUACUACAGGCUUCCUGCUGAAGAUGAGGUACUGUUACAAAAAUUAAGAGAGGAGUCCAGGGCAGUCUUUCUACAGAGGAAGAGUCGGGAACUGCUGGACAAUGAAGAGUUACAAAACCUAUGGUUUCUACUGGACAAACACCAGGUGCCACCAGCAACAGGAGAUGAGGCUAUGAUCACCUAUGAGAGCUUUCUGAAAGUUGGAGAGCAGGCUGGAGUCAAGUGCAAACAAUUCUUCACUGCUAGAGUGUAUGCUAAACUCCUUCACAAUGAUCCAUAUGGAAGGAUAUCAAUUAUGCAGUUUUUUAACUACGUCAUGAGAAAAGUUUGGUUGCAUCAGACAAGGAUCGGGUUAAGCCUGUAUGAUGUGGCUGGGCAGGGCUACUUGCGUGAGUCUGACCUGGAGAACUACAUCCUUGAGUUGAUUCCCACCCUGCCCCAACUGGAUGGCCUGGAGAAGUCUUUCUACUCCUUUUAUGUCUGCACGGCCGUUCGAAAGUUCUUUUUCUUCCUCGACCCACUGCGCACUGGUAAAAUAAAGAUACAGGAUAUCCUGGCUUGUAGCUUCCUGGAUGACCUUCUCGAGCUGAGGGAUGAGGAGUUGUCCAAGGAAAGUCAAGAGGCUAACUGGUUUUCUGCACCAUCUGCCCUCAGAGUAUAUGGUCAGUAUCUGAAUCUCGAUAAAGACCACAACGGCAUGCUGAGCAAAGAAGAACUUUCUCGCUACGGAACGGGUACACUAACGAGUGUCUUCCUUGAUCGUGUGUAUCAAGAAUGCCUGACCUACGAUGGGGAGAUGGAUUAUAAAACAUACCUGGACUUUGUGUUGGCUCUGGAGAACCGGAAAGAACCUGCGGCACUGCAGUACAUUUUCAAGUUGCUGGACAUGGACAACAAAGGCUACCUCAAUGUGUUUGCGCUCAACUACUUUUUCAGAGCUAUUCAAGAACAGAUGAAAAUACAUGGACAAGAGGCGGUGACCUUCCAGGAUGUCAAGGAUGAGAUCUUUGACAUGGUGAAACCAAAGGAUCCAUACAAGAUCACCCUUCAGGACCUAGUCAACAGUGGGCAGGGUGAUACUGUAAGUAGCAUUCUCAUUGACCUCAACGGAUUUUGGACUUAUGAGAACAGGGAGGUUUUGGUGGCCAACGACGGAGAAAGCAACAACAUCGAUAUUGAUGACACUUGACUAGUGUGGGAAAACAUCGAAGCCAUACAAAUAAAAUUGACAUUGUCUUGUUUCUAAUAUACCAUGGCAGACAAGGAACUCCUAUUAAAUGCAUAUUCUGGUUUGUUACAUGUAUAUACAUGCUUUCCCUGUUGUGAAUGCAAAGAAAGAACAUUGUAUUUCUAUUGAAUGUACAAAAAUGUUUUAUUAACAUAAAUAAAAGUAACUUUUUUACUUAA